UCAGGGUGUUGCCCUCUAGCCUGGCCUCCCAGACAGUGGCGUGUGUCCUGCCUCACACUCUCCUGCCGUCGCCCAGCGCUUCUGCCUUCUGCCGCGGCCCGGUCGUCUCGAGCACUCGUAACAGGAAAAGGAAGCAAAAUGAGGUCAGGCUGGCUGUGGGGCGCGGCGGCCAUCCUCCUGCUGGGGGUGGUGGUGCUGCACCUUCCCUCCUCUACGGCCUACGUCACCUCCUUCCCCGAGGAGCCUGACAUCGACGGAAUGCUGGUGACGGUGGGCAUCGCUGUGGCCAAGUUCCUGGCGGGCCUGGUGCCGUACCCCACCGUGUCCGCCCUGCUGCUGGCCAUCAUCAACGCCUGGGAGCCCAAGCCCGAGGACAACUACUGGGAGCACGUGCAAGAGAACGUGGAGCAGGUGUGCGGGGAGUUCAUCAACCAGCAGAACCUCCAGCAGGUGGAGGUGUACAAGGGUGACCUCAUCAGCCUCUUGCAGAAGUAUGAGCGUGCCGACGUGACCAGCGACGGCACGUACCCCGACAAGAACACGGUCGCGGACUCCAUCACCACCUCCAUCAUCACCAACCGCUUCCUGGUGGAGGCCGCCCUCAUGCCCUGGUCCAUGACAAUCGACUUCACGGAUAUCGCCGGGGUCCACAUCCUCAUUCUGAAGGACGCGGCGGACUCCUACUCGGUGGAGGGCGAGGUGUCCCGGUGGUGGGUGGACCUGUCAAACGAGCUGGACCACUACAUCGAGUACGGCAUCUGGCUGGAGGAGGAGACCCUGCGCUGGAGGAAUACUCAGAUCGACUGUUACUUCGAUGAGGGCGUCGGAGGGUGUGUGUUUUCCGACUGUUACGACAAAUAUGUGAUCACCGACCACGUGAGGAAGUACACCGAGAGCUGCCUCCAGGUACACCCCGAGAAUGGCGAGGAGGGGACGUGCAGCUCCUUCUGUGACCUGUACCAGAGCCAGGUGAACCGCGACGACGCCCGCUGGAGCCACACCUACCUGGGCUCCGUGGUGGAUGAGUGGGAGGCCCUCAAGUUGCUCGCCGACAGCAUGGCCGAGCAUGCCUCCAGGUACUACAACCCACUGACGAGGGACGCGUAAGCAGCUCCUGUGUCUCACUCUGCUCACUCCCCUCCCCGGCCACUGCAAUGUAGCAUCCAGUGUGUGGAUGAUUUAUUAAACAACGGCAAAGUU